UGCUCGGUAUUCAUACCGGCGUCAUCAGCGCGGCCUGAUGUAGGAGGACUUGUUAUCGCAGCUUGUGGAGCUAGGCUCAUGUCGCACUCGCUUGGGAAGAAAUCUGUAGUGUCAACAUGGUCGGCAUUCGAGAUGACUGUUGGCUACAGCUCAGUAGACAACAACGACGGAGACGACGCCGACGAACGACCGGCCAAGAGAUCAAAGAAAGAAAGCGCUCCUGCAAAGAGUCCAAAUAUCAUCAAGAUUGCACGAUCAGCCGAUGGCAAUCAUGUCGUCAUCGUCACGGAAGACAAGUCGAUUCGAGUGAUCCAUGUCGAAAGUGAUGGGCAGCUUCGGGAGACGAGUCGACGCACCAUGCCUAAACGUCCUUGCGCGAUCGAAGUGGUGAUGGAUGACACCACGAUCCUGUGUGGUGAUAAGUUUGGCGAUGUCUACUCUCUGCCUCUGCUCGACAGUGGCCACUAUAGCGCCGACUCAACGGGCUCUGGACCAACGCUCCAACCCCAGUCCGAUUUCAAGCCAUCCGCGACGAGCUACACGGUCCAUACGAAACGCAACCGAAUUGCGCUGGAAUCACAGAUGAAGCAAGCGCAGCUGGGAUUGACGCCCCGCAAAGAGGCCUUGCAGUUCGAGCACAAACUGUUGCUAGGUCAUGUUUCUAUGCUUACCGAUCUGAAGUUCGCGCUGGCAACCGUCGACGGCGAACAGCGGCCACACAUCAUAACAGCAGACCGUGACGAGCAUAUUCGAAUCUCAAGAGGCCCACCUCAAGCUCAUGUCAUCGAGGGCUUUUGUCUGGGGCACACCGCUUUCAUUAGCAAAAUCUGUUUGGUGCCCGGGACCGAGCUACUGCUGAGUGGCGGUGGUGACGAUUGGAUCGGGGUCUGGAACUGGCGCGCCAACGAACUCGUCCAGAAGUUAGACAUUCGGGCAGCACUGCGCCUCUGCGUUGAUCCUCGUACCACAUACGCCAAGGACGAUCACCUUAUCUCGGUGUCCGGGAUCUGGACGGUGCCAUAUGGCGAGCCUGCAGACAACAGGUGGGCGAUCAUAGUCACAAUUGAACACCUCCCCACGCUGUUCAUCGCUGUCGUACAUCCGAGAACCUCCAAGGUGUCCCGCUUCGGCUUUCUCGAAUGCGAAGGAACUCCUGUGGAUCUCAUCGCCAUCGAGAACGGUAUCGUGGUGUCUUUCGACCCGCGAGUCAUCGGCAGACACCGCUUGGAAACUCUUCUUCUACAUCCAGACCCUUUGUGGCCGACAGAAGACCGCUGGGAACAAUUCCAGCCAAAGGCUCAUCAGUUUGCUCACGUGUACGACAGUCGCAUUGCGGCGUUAAACGCGCUUCCGGAUGUAGGUCCGACGCCCACGAAAAAGGAGCUGGACGAUCUACUCUACGGCGUGAGCGACCUGCGGAAACGCGGCGGUACAGCCUCCGACGCAGAUCCCCCGGCCGAUGCGUGA